UUGACAGACUCCUGACCUGAGGACCUCAGUGGUCAGACAGAGGGGUGUGCUCAGCUGAGGCUUUACUUCACUCAUUUUCACAGCUCUUUGUGGUUUUAAAGUGCUGGUCACGCUGCUGGAAACAUGUCGUCCCUCUCCGUACCUCCACCAAAAUGCCUGCAGAAACCGCUGGCCGUUCCUCAUCGUCACAUGUUCGGACCAGGACCUUCCAAUGCUCCUCCUCGGAUCUUGAAGGCUGGGGCCAAUCCUGUCAUUGGACACAUGCACCCAGAGAUAUUUGAGAUAAUGAGUGACAUCAAAAGUGGAAUCCAGUACCUGUUUCAGACUGAGAACAAUAUGACUUUGGCUGUGAGCGGCACCGGCCACACCGCCAUGGAGUGCGCCAUCUUCAACGCAGUGGAGCCCGGGGAGAAUGUGCUGGUUGCGGUGAACGGCAUAUGGGGAGAGCGAGCAGCAGAAAUGGCAGAGAGGAUAGGAGCCAGAGUGAACACGAUAGUGGCACCUCCAGGAGGCUUCUUCACUAAUGCAGAGAUUGAGCAGGCCUUAUCAAAAUACAAGCCCGUCUUGUUCUUCCUUGCACACGGAGAAUCCUCUACAGGCGUCCUGCAUCCUUUAGACGGCAUCGGACAGCUGUGUCAUAAGUACAACUGCCUGUUUCUGGUAGACUCUGUGGCUUCAAUGGGAGGAACCCCUCUACACAUGGACCAACAAGAGAUCGACAUCCUAUACACAGGCUCCCAAAAGGUUCUGAAUGCUCCGCCGGGUACAGCACCCAUCUCCUUCAGUCAGAGAGCGUGUCAGAAAAUAUUCAACCGGAGGACAAAGCCCGUGUCAUUCUUCUUGGAUUUGAGUUGUCUUGCAAACUACUGGGGAUGUGAUGACAAGCCAUCAAGAGUAUAUCACCACACAGGUCCAGUCACAGCGUUCUACUCUCUGAGGGAGAGCCUGGCUGUCCUUGUUGAAGAGGGUCUGGAGCAGUCGUGGGAAAGACAUCAAGAAGUUGCAGAAUAUUUCCACACAGGCCUAGAAAGCAUGGGUCUCAAACUGUUUGUCAAAGAAAAAAAAGCCAGACUGCCUACGGUUACCACUAUCAUUGCUCCUCAUGGAUAUGACUGGAAAGAGAUCACCACCUACAUCAUGAAAAUGCAUAAUUUAGAGAUUUCUGGAGGCCUUGGACCAUCAGUUGGCCUGGUUUUGCGUGUGGGACUGAUGGGAUGUAACAGCAGCAAGGCCAAUGUGGACAUGGUGCUGGCAGCACUGAAAGACGCUCUGAAACACUGCCACAAGAGCAAAGUGUGACAUGCUGCUGCUGGCUGGUGCAGAGAUAAUCCUGAAUCAGCACUGUUAGUAUAAGCAGGAGACUGUAUGUGAGAAAUGAAUGAUUAUUCUCAGUCGUUUUUUCUGCAGCUCAUUUGCUUCUCGUAUGGAAACACUGGGCAGUACCUUCUACCAGCACCAGCCUGUGAUCUAAGACUUUACCUGUUCUUAUUUUCAGUCUAAUAUAAUAACAUGGUAACAGCUCAUUUGAUAUGAUAGUAUUAACCUCUAAAUGGUAUAUUAGAUAUAUUUUACAUGUACAACAGAGAUACCCUAUCCUGCACCCUUCCUAGCUAACUGUAUCUUUAGAUCAGUGGGUGUUCUCAUGGUGGACUUCUGUCAUCUUUCUGAAAACCUCAAACAUGUUUGUUUUUUUUUCUGUCCAUAUCCAGCCUAUCAUUUAACUGAGGAAAACUACACAUCAUACACAGCUAUGUUUUUCAUCUUAAAUUCAAAAACAGUAUGACCUGGACUGUAAACUAUACCACAAGGACACAUUAAAGGACACAACCCAGCAGUGUUUGGGGGGGGGGGGUCAAAGUUGAAAAGGGGUUUUCAAGCAUCAAAAAAUAAAAGUCAAAUACAUCUUUGAGUUUUCUCCUUUUUUUGGUACAUUAGAAUGUAUUCUGUUUAACUGCAAUAUUUUCUGAGCAAAAAAAUGAUGGAUAUAUGUUUUUAACACGAUUUACAGACACACUAAAAUGUUGUUUAGUGUAACAGCAGUUUAUGUACAAAAAAUAAUUAAACAUGCAGUCCCCAAAUACUAAUUAAUUGCAAUUUUCAUCUUUAUACUUUGCUAGUGUCCUCAACAAUAUAAUUCUGAUGAAGGUAGGUUUUAUCACUACGGAAGAGGGACACGUGGCGAA